AUGCCAGAUUCAUCGACUGGAGUAUGCCAAAGGAAUCCGACUGACAUCUUCGGGUGUCUUCCUUUGGAGUUACAGGAAAAUAUUGCAAUCCAUCUAUCAGUGAACGAUGUUCUGGGCCUUCGUCUGGCUUCACGAGGAUUGAGUCAAUUGUUCCACAGCUCCAAGUUCUGGAAGUCACAAUUCGAAAUCAACUCGCAGCGCGGCUUUCUUGCCCACGUUGUUGAACGCCUAAGUGAAGAAGACAGGCAGAAACUGGACUGGCGACUUCUCUUCCAUUGUACUAAUCAGUUGAAAUGCAGUCAUGAGUUUGAGUAUAGCAUCAGGAUCUGGGAAAUUUCGAAAUGGCUAAGGGACACGGUUCUUUCCAACCGUACCGGUCAACCAAUACCCCAAUUUCACGGAAUAUCCUUGCAUAGCUAUCAUAACUCAGUAUAUUCCACGGAUCAAACAAUUGCAGUUGAUAUUCUGCCUGGAUUAGCUCAGAUUGCCAUUUCAGCCUAUGAAACAGCCGGCAGAUUACAUAUCACCGGGCUAGAGUUCAUAUACAACGAUCAUCCUGUUACCGUGGUCGGCUAUACAACACCUGGGGCCAGGACCGUCAAAGAGAGUGAUUAUAUUAAAGGGUGUCUUGAAAUCGCUCCAUACCUGCAGCCUACACACGAACGAAGCCCAAUUCGGUCUUACUAUCAUUACCCCGGGCUCCGAGUGGUCCUUGAUGCGGAUGCCUUUCGAGGAUUCUACUUUGGGACUUUACGACACGCGGGAGUCUGCUGCAUCAGCGUUGCUAGAAAAGAUGGGUUUUAUUCGGCAAUCGUUGGGCAAUGUAUUCCGUAUCCAAACUCCGAAGAUCGAUCUCUUGCGUUCAAUAUGGAAAUGGAGGAGGUAACGCAGUUUAUUGGUAGGUUUAAGGAUAGGAAGUUGAUGGAUAUGGGCAUUCGAGGAAGAAGGCGCCAACGGAAUGUCAAGGGCCAGCUUCACAAAGUGCGCAAGAGUGAGAGAGUCAGAGAGAGAAAGAGGUAG